AUGGAAGCCGUGAAUUUACAAAUUGAAUGGAUUAGACAGGUGCCUCCAGUUACUGUGGCUCUUGUAGCAUCCAUGUCAAUGACCUAUUUUUUGCAACGCAUAGAUGUAUUAUCCUCAAAUAUGUUCGUGUUUGAAAGACAUCGUGUGUUUAAUGAGAUGGCCUAUUCUCGUUUGAUACUAAGUUUCUUCUUCAGCGCCCAUUCGUUUGUUGGAUUCUUUUGGACAUUGUACACAUUAUUUCAGAAUUCACAGGCACUCGAGCUGACCUAUGAAAACUCAAUCGAUUACCUCUACUCAUUGGUGAUAAUAGCAGGUUUGAUCGUGGCAUGGGCCUCAUACUUGGGGGGUCCGUUCAUGCUGGGAUGGGUUCUAGCUGACGUCUUGAGAACCAUAUGGUGCAAACAGAAUCCCAACGAAAGAAUGUCUAUUUUGGGGCUAGUUUCCUUCAAGGCAGGAUACUUUCCAUUUGUAAUACUUGCCAUUUCAUGGCUAGAAGGAAGUUCAAGAAAUCUUCUAUUAAUGCUAAUUAGCCAAACUGUCAGUCAGGCUUAUAUUUUUGGACACCAUAUGAUGCCCGAACUACACGGGAUCGAUCUGUUUCUGCCUAUAUGGAAAUUCCAGUGUUUCAGACGUCAGAGACAACCACCAAUUCAUCAGCAUCAAGACUAA